AUGUUGUCUUUGAAGAGGACGUCUUUGUCACUGGUCUCUGGCGCUUGCCUAGUAGCUACAGCACUGGCGGCCAACCUGACCGUCUACCAGUCCAAUGUCUCUUUUGUCCCAGUCCCGCUCCCUAUGCCAGGUGCUGCUGCCAACUUCGAGGCAAUUAUCGAACAGUUCACCACUCUGGGCCGCAGCACUGUUUGGCGCUCGGUCAAAAACAUCACCUUCCAGGGCGACACUGGCGAGCCUGAGGGUAUGGUGGUCAUUAAUGAGGAGAGAUUCAUCACUGCCCGUGGAGACUGGACCGCCCCGACCACUUCGUACAAUGGCACUAUCAUCAACGGCACAGAUCGCGCCGCGGGAGCAGGUUAUGCCCACCUUGAGAUCUACGAUGGCGAGGGGAAACGAGUGGUCGACGCGACACUGACGCCCCCCGGGGAUAUUGAAUACCACAUUGGUGGUCUUGACUACGACGGCCAAUACAUCUGGGCCACUCUCGCCCAGUAUCGCCCCAACACCACCGCCACCAUCAUCGCCGUCAAUCCUCUCACUCUGGAAUACCAAUCACUAAUCCACUACGCCGACCACUUGGGUGGCAUUGUCCACGACACCAAACUUCAAAGACUCAACACGUUGAACUGGGGAUCACGCAACGCGUCGAUCUGGAACCUCAACGCGACCACCAACAACCCGUUUCCCACAUUCUCUCAACCGGUGUCCGUGGCCCGCAAUCCCUCGUUCUACGUCGACUACCAGGACUGCAAAUUCCUGGGCCAUUCUAGACACUACGACAACCGCGCCGUCAUCAUCUGCUCGGGCGUCGCCACUCUGGCCGGCAACAUCACGAUCGGGGGCCUGGCGCUCGUCGACUUCGAAACCAUGAUUCCGCUCUAUGAGGUGCCGCUGACCAUGACAUCGGCCCGGGGCACGCCCAUCACGGAGAACCCCUUUGACGUGGCGUACGUGAAUGAGACCUUGCGGGUGUACUUCUUGCCCGACCAGCACAACUCGACGCUGUACAUCUACGAGCCGGUCCGGAACAGUCCGUAUGAGUACUGA